CGACGCACAGGACUUCUUGGGCCCCACGUGUGUAGAGUGUGUUCUAUGGCUGGAGACGGGUGUUUUGGUUAGGGUUGUAACUUCUGUCAGGUUCAAGCAUUGCAAAUAUUUUGCUUAAAUACAGAUAUGGGGAAAUUAAACGUGGUUAUGCUGAGGUACCUCUCGAGGGACGACUUCCGCGUCCUCACUGCUGUUGAGAUGGGAAUGAAGAAUCAUGAAAUCGUACCAACUAGUCUGAUCGCCUCAAUUGCAAGUCUCAAACACGGAGGAUGUAAUAAAAUCUUGAGAGAGCUGGUCAAACAUAGAUUGCUGGUCUAUGAGCGCUCAAAAAUGGUGCAGGGCUACCGUUUGAGUUAUGGUGGGUAUGAUUAUUUAGCUCUGAAAACCAUGUCGUCCCGAGACACACUCGACUCCGUUGGGAACCAGAUGGGAGUGGGCAAAGAAUCAGAUAUCUACAUUGUAGCAAAUGCAAAACAGGAGCAGUUUGCAUUGAAACUUCAAAGACUGGGGCGAACCUCGUUUCGGAACCUGAAGAACAAGCGGGAUUACCACCAGCACCGGCGCAAGAUGUCUUGGCUCUACCUUUCCCGUCUGGCAGCCAUGAAGGAAUUCGCAUACAUGAAGGCUUUGUAUGAGCGAGGGUUUCCAGUGCCUAAACCAGUGGACUACAACAGACAUGCUGUUGUAAUGGAGCUGAUCAAUGGAUACCCGCUUUGCCAGGUACACCAGGUGGAAGAUCCAGGUGCUUUGUACAGUGAAUUGAUGGACCUGAUUGUGAAAUUGGCGAAUCACGGCUUGAUUCAUGGGGAUUUCAACGAGUUUAACGUGAUGAUGGACGAUGAAGACCACGCCACAAUCAUUGAUUUUCCACAAAUGGUGUCAACUUCCCAUCUGAAUGCUGAAUGGUAUUUCGACAGAGAUGUCAAAUGCAUUCGAGACUUCUUCCUGAGACGAUUUGGUUAUGAAAGUGAGCUGUACCCCACCUUUAAAGACAUCCGGAAGGAGUUGUCCCUGGAUGUGCAGAUUUCUGCCAGCGGCUACACCAAAGAGAUGCAGCUCGAUGAUGAGCUCCUGCACCCAGCAGGGCCUGAGGGAGAGCAUGAGGGUGUGGAGGAGUCCGACGAGGAGGAGGAGGAUGGGGAGCAGAAUAGUGAAGUUGGAUCAUGGGUUGGGUCUGACAUUACUGAAGACCUGAGCCCCUUACAAGGCCAGGUGGACCUGACUGAGUUCAAACAGGCCUUACUGGAGCUGGAAGGAACGACGGCAGAGGGGACUGAUCAGCCCUGUACAGAACGGGGGCCUGGAAGUGCCAUAGUGACAGAGCGGAGUGAUCAGCCCCGUACAGAACAGGGGCCUGGAAGUGCCACUGUGACAGAGGAGAGCAACGGACGGGAGCUUGAAGACGAGUGUCCUGAUUUAGUGGACCUUUCUGCAGCCAACAAAGAGUUCAGGGCUUUCAGAGACGAGGCGAGCAUGCUGCAUGUCAACGGACACAGACGGAGAACCAGCAGCAUGACGUCAGUUGGCAGCAUGGCAAGCUGUUCCACGAUCCCGCCGGAAUUGGUGAAACAGAAGGUGAAAAGGCAGCUGACGAAGCAACAGAAGUCAGCCCAAAGAAGGCGCUUGCAGAAAGGCGAGGCCAGUCUGGUCACGAAAGAGAGGCGGGACAACCUCCAGGAUAUUAAAUGUAGUGUGGAGGCAGCUUCGUUCUGGGGCUGAAAAGCACAGCGCCAGCCAUAGCAUUGGAACAGCUGGAGUAUCUGUACAGGAUUGCAUUGUGGAGCUGUUUUUAUACCAGGAACUGCUUGCAGUACUGUUCAGCAAUAUUGUACAUUAUCUAAUGAAUAAACUUUCAUAAUGAUCUCA